CCGGCACUCCUACGUCCCAAACGCCUCAAGAGGAGUCCGUUUAAUCAGAACCAAAUCUGUUUCAUUCAGUCAACUCCGACCAUGCUCAAAGGAUCUGAGUCGUCUUCGAUAUACAUUGAUCCAGCAAAAUAUCCACUGGCCAGAAAGGACCCAACCAUUGUUGAGGAUUUUCAUGGCACCAAGGUACCUGAUCCGUACAGAUGGCUUGAGGAUCCAGAUUCAGAUGAGACGAAAGCGUAUGUCGACAAACUGAAUGCUGUUUCGGAACCAUUCAUUGGAGCAUCUCCGAUCCGUGAGAAAAUGCGCAAAAAACUAAUUGAACUCUGGGAUUAUGAGAAAUACGGUUGUACAUCAAAACAUGGCCAAUAUUACUAUCAUUUCUAUAAUCCAGGAUUGCACAAUCAGAGCAAACGUGUAGAACGAUGUUCUUUUGUAAACUGCCUCUUCCCGGGCAAGUUCAUUCAAAGGAACGUAACUGAGUGUUCGAAAUGCAAGAAAAACAAUCCUGUUUCAUGUCAUUCGCUCGAUUACUUCAGUUUGCUAUAUCAACAGAAAACACUGCAAGAUAAAGGAGUGGUAUUCUUGGAUCCAAAUAAGCUUUCUCUAGAUGGUACGACAUCGAUUCGAGUGCAGACAUUCACUCGUGACGGUUCCAUACUUGCCUAUGGCAUAUCGCAUAAGGGCAGCGAUUGGAUGACUUUAAAAGUAAUCUUGUUCAAUUCGAAUUUCAAUUUGAAUUGA